CCUGCUGAAAGUAGGUGGCAGUAUCAAUAGGACUCCGGACAAAAGUCCACGUAAAUUAGUCUUAGCUUUACCUUCAAAUUAGUUUCUACUUGUUAUUGGGACUUUAAUUGUUACUGAAUUUCCCCUGGAAAGCACUUUGUGGUGAUACCUAUCAUACCCAUCGAACUCAGCAUUGCGGUGGGAGCUAACAAAGCCAAAGGAACAUCUAAAUACAAAAGGAGAUUACCACUUUCUGUCUGUCGUCAGUCUCCAACUGAUACAUUUGUACCACAUCACAAGGAGGGUACAAGAAGAUGCCCGUUCAGAUACCAGACGAUACAGACUUUACCUCUUUCAAGGAACAAUGUGAAAACCAGGAAGGAUGGACCGCGCGCUACAACAAGGGAAACGUGACGGUGUGGUGCAGGGAUGAAGAGUGUAAAACUAUCCAGAAACUAAAGAUGAGGAUAGUGUGUAAGGACGUGACUGCUGAGACCCUUUACGACGUCCUUCAUGACACCAGCUACCGGAAGAACUGGGACAGCAACAUGAUCGACACCCACGAUAUCGGCAGACUUACUGUCAACGCAGACGUAGGAUAUUACUCCUGGAAGUGCCCGAGCCCCCUGAAGAACAGGGACUUUAUCACAAUGAGAUCAUGGCUUCCUCUGGGCAACGACUUCCUGAUCAUCAACUACUCUGUCAAACACCCGCAAUAUCCACCCAGAAAGGACUACGUGAGAGCGGUGUCUCUGCUGACAGGCUACCUGAUUCAGUCCAACGGAGCCAGCUCCUCCACUCUCUAUUACCUAACGCAGGUCGAUCCCAAAGGUUCCCUUCCCAAGUGGGUGGUGAAUAGAGCUUCUCAGUUCGUAGCACCAAAGGCCAUGAAGAAGAUCUACAAGGCCUGUCAGAAGUAUCCAGAGUGGAAGAGGAAGCACAACCCUAACCUGAAGCCCUGGAUUUAUCCCGAGCAGAACACCUUACCGUGUAUUAACGUGGCUGACCUUGUACUACAGAGAGCCGACUCACUGGAGAACAUUGAUGAGAGUCGCCUGACGGAGGAGAAACAAGCACAACAUCACAGCGAUGACGAAGAGACCUAGUCUGAGUGAAGACACUGUUUGUAUGUAAUUGUGUGGCUGUGUUUAAAAUAGCACCCUAUUCCCUGUAUAGUGUAUUACUUUUGUGCAGGGCCCAUUAGGCUCUGGUCAAAAGUAGUGCACUACUUACCUAUAGGGCCCUGGUCAAAAGUAGUGCACUAUAUAGGAAAUGAGGUGCCAUUUGGGACACGCACU